AUGGGCGGCGGCGGGCAGCGACGAGGAGACUUCUUUAGGAGCGAGCAGUCAGAGCCUCAUGCGACGAGGAAGGAGAAGAUCCUUAAGGCCCAUCCUGAGGUGAAGCAGCUCAUGCGCCAUGAGCCUCUCACCAAGUACCUCGUCAUGCUCUCCGUCGGAGCUCAGGUAGCUCUUUCUGUAUUCACUCUGGAAUGGUCUUGGGUCGCCUACCUGGUUGUCGUCUACGUUGUUGGUGCCACGAUCAAUCACUCGCUCUUCCUCGCCAUCCACGAGCUCUCACACAACUUGGGAUUCAAGAAGUCUGAACACAACAAGCUGUGCGGAAUCAUUGCGAACUUGCCGAUUGGCAUCCCAUAUAGCAUUACUUUCAAGCCGUACCACAUGGAACAUCAUAGAUAUCAAGGGGAGGAUGGUGUCGACACGGAUAUUCCGACUGCAUUGGAGGCAUGGUUGAUCACCAAGACCUCUCACUCGUACUUGGAGCACACGGUGAAGAAAGCCGUCUUUAUGUUCUUUCAGAUCUUCGCAUACGCCUUCAGGCCGAUGUGCGUGAAGCCGUCCCUGGUUCCCAAGGACUCGUGGAUCGCCUUGAACUGGGCCGUGCAGAUCGCCUUCGACCUGGGUAUGAUGUACAUGUUCGGUAUCAAGGUCAUGCUCUACUUCCUCCUCUCCACAUUCUUCGCGGGAAGCAUCCACCCGACAGCAGGGCACUUCAUCGCAGAGCACUACGUGAUGGAAGGAACCGCUGAGACGUACUCCUACUACGGGGCCUUGAACUGGUUAGCAUACAACGUUGGAUAUCACAACGAACACCAUGACUUCCCUAACAUCCCUUGGAGCAACUUGCCCAAGCUGCGCAAGAUUGCUCCCGAAUUCUACGAUGACCUCCCUCAGUGCAAGUCCUGGCCGGGAGCGAUCUUCCGGUAUAUCUUCGACGAUUCGAUCAGCCCUCUCAGCAGGGUGAAACGAUCGACUCUCGAGACCAACAAGUCGAAGUAGGCGAGGAGAAUACCGAGACUGGGCAGUGAGGGUUGUAGAGGAGCAGGCGAAUUAGGACGAGGUAGACACGGCAGGAAGCUGGGGAGGGUGAGGGCUGUUGGGGCUGACUGGCAACGUGGGGGAGAGUUUCGGUGGUGUGGAAAUGUUGUAAAGAUAAUCUAUUCACAUUGGAAAGAAUUAGAUUUGUGAACCCCAACAACUCUGAUAAGACU